AGUCUGAGGGACCUUGUACAUCAAUAAGAUAGUAAUUCAGAGAGAUUAUAGCAGUAGAAGAACCUGAACCAGAUACCAAGACAAAUAAUGCAGUUAUUGAUAGCAUUUUUUGCUAUAAUGAUCGCUCUAACGGGUGCAGUCCUGUUGGACGAUGCGUUUGUUCGAGAUUGGACAAAGCAUUGGUCUGGAUUGCCAGUGGACUUUACUGUGAUCAAUAGUAAAUCUAUAGUGGCAAUUUCUGAUAGAUCUCAAUUGUUCAAUAUUGACAUCAGUGGGAAUGACACUACCCAGAAUGCUCCAUUGAACUGGAAGGUUGACUUGCGUCCCUUUGGCUCAAAUCAAAAAAUGUUGGUAUCCACCAGAACUAACAAAGUAUAUUCAUACUCAUCUGAUAUCAACAAUGUUUAUGUGUGGGACAUUAAGACUGGUAUUCUUGAGAGACAAUUUCAAGUUCUUUCAAACCCAAUCUCUGUGGUUAAUUUCUUUAACAAUGGAGCUUUAGUGCUUGGAUUAGAUGGUACUAUUGAAUAUUUACCAGAAGAUGGAACCUCCACUUCCAAAGUGAUUGUUCAGAUUCCAACCCCAAAUAUUGGAACUAAAUUAGUCACUUCUUUCCAUAAUGGAAUUCUUUAUCUUGUUUCAAACUCCCACGCUGUCGGUAUUAGCGCUGCCGGAGAUUUUGAAGUGGUGGUUAAUGUUCCUCAUGCUCUUGGUCAAGUUGAACAAAUGUCAGCUAAUAUCAUUGUUUCAGAAGAACGGAAACUUUUCGUCAUUGAAGAUGGACUCGUUAAAAAUAUGGGUAAAGGUUUAAUUGAAACAGGUAAUGCUUUACUUAUUAGCCCAGAUUAUUUCAUUUACCAUGAAGGUGAUGAAUUAAUGUUUUUCAACGUGAUUGGUACUGCUGCUGAAUUGAUUGAAUUACCAAAAGAAUUGUCCAAUUUGAACAUAAUAUCUAUUGAACAUGUUAGUCCAGCUUUAUCGGACUUUUUGGUGUUUUCCACAUUUGAUGAAAAAUUUGUAAUUGAUAUUACUGGUCUUCUUUCGGAUCAUGAUCCUGCAAGUAUGCAAGUUUACAAAUUCCCACUUGGAUCUUCACCUGUUGAAACUGUUUUCAAUUAUUUGGAUUAUGAUAUUAAUGACAAUCUUACCAUUGUAACUGUCAAAUCACCAAAGAAUACUGGAGAAGAAUUAACCAUCAGUACUUUUUCAUCAAAGACUCAAACAUCCAGAGAAAAUGUAUUCAACUCUGAAAUUUUCGGUUCACUGACUGGUAAGUAUUUGAUAGUAGAUAAACUUCAAUCUGAACGGACAUUGGAUAUUGCCCACCAUUUACUUGAUGAAAAGCAUUCUGGAUUUGAAGGAAGUGUUUUGGGUAAAUGGUUGUCAAGAUCCACUAGACAUUUGUCCGAGUUGGGUAAGUUUAUCUCCACUGCUGUAUUAACCGGGAAGUUACCCAAAUCAGUGGAAUCAAAUGAAGAUGUAUUUGGAUUAGAAAAAUUUGUGAUUUUUUUCAAUUCAAUUGACCAGAAAAUUAUUGGAGUUAGUACUAAGAAUGGUGAAGUUUUAUGGAAAACUUCUAUUAAACCUACUGGGGAUCAUGUUGAUACAGUACAAAUUUCUGAUGAAAAGGCACUUGUUGUUUUCACGAAUGAAGUUUAUGAAUUAAACUUGAGAAAUGGAGAAAUUUCAGAUUCUAAAAAUGAUAUUUCAUCAUUUAAAAUUACCAAUGUAUUGAAAAUAUCUAAUUCAGAUGAUGAUUAUUCAAUUGGAUUGAUUACAGAAGAUAAGAAAAUUCAUUUCAUUGACGAAAACAAGGUAGUACUUGAAGAUGAUAAAUAUUUGGUUGAUGGAAAGAGUGGUACUGGGUAUAAACUUUUAGCAUCACUGAAAUCAUUAGUUCCAAGUUGGUCAUUACCAUUGGAUGGAGAUGAAGUAAUUUUAAAGUUUAGUCAAGUGAAUUAUGAAGAUAAAGCAUCAUCAAUUGGAAUCUCAUUAUUUGAUAAAUCAGUUCUUUACAAGUAUUUGAAUCCAAAUAUUAUUACUAUUAUUACUUCCAACACUGGAAAGGAUUCUAUUGGAUUCUAUAUAUUGGAUGCAAUUACUGGAAGUGUUUUAUACCAUCAUUCACAUCAAGGAGAAAAGAUUGAAACAGAUUCCAUUGAUAUUACCAUGGAUAGUAAUUGGAUCGUUUACACUUAUUUUGCCUUGAAUCCAAGACCGGAACAAAGAAUAGUGGUGAUGGACCUAUUUGAAACAGGUAUUCCAAAUGAAAGAUCCAAUGUAGGUCAAGAAUCUCAAUCGAUCUUUGACGGGUUUAACCAAACUAUUGGAGAGGUUUCUACUAAAUCAUUUAUUUUCCCUGACAGAAUCGAUCAAAUUUCCCAUACAAGAACUAAAUUCGGAAUUACCAUUAAAAAUAUAAUUGCCCUAACUGAUAGUGGUAGCAUUGUACAAAUCCCAAAAUUCAUCUUAAACAGUCGUCGUAUUGCAGACCGAGAAUUUACUGCUCAAGAUGCAGCUUCUGAUUUCAGACUUUCACCAUAUGAACCAGUUAUUUCACAAGGUGGGAAGUAUUACCAUGUAUUAAAUCAUAAACAACAAUUGUUGGUUGGAGAUAAUGCGCAACUUUUAACAAAACCAACUGAAUUAGAAUCCACAUCGGUUGUUUGCGCAUUUGGUGAAUUGGACUGGUUCUGUACUACUGUUCAACCUUCUUUACAGUAUGAUACUUUGGGUGCUAAUUUCGCUAAAUCCAAAUUAUUAAUCACAAUCUUAGCAUUACUUCUUGCAGUUGUUAUCACUAAACCGAUUAUUGCUACAAGAAAAUUAAAUCUGACAUGGAUUGAUAGACCUUAAAACUAUAUAUAUAUAUAUAUAUGUAUAGAGUUGUUGGGAG